AAAUAAGAAAACAUUUUUAUAAACAACAAGACGAAAGAUUAUCAACAUGGCUGUUCAGGGUCAAAGAUUUAUGACCAAGACGCAACAUUAUCGUAAGGUGACCAAGCCUCUGUUGGAACGCAAGCGACGUGCUCGCAUGAAUCUCUACUUGGAUGAGCUAAAAGAUCUCAUUGUGGACACCAUGGAUGCCCAGGGUGAACAAGUUAGCAAAUUGGAGAAGGCCGACAUAUUGGAGCUGACAGUUAACUACCUAAAGGCCCAGCAACAACAACGUUUGAUCUCCACAUCUGGCCAACAGCAGUCAUCGAAUGCCUCAAAUGCCGAGUCGGCCCCAAUUAAUUUUGAUAAAUUUCGUGCUGGCUACACCCAAGCUGCCUAUGAAGUUUCUCACAUAUUCUCCACUGUGCCUGGCUUGGAUCUCAAGUUCGGCACCCAUCUAAUGAAACAAUUGGGUCAUCAAUUAAAGGAUAUGAAAGAGCAUCUGCAUAGCGAUGAUGAGCCAGUCAAUCUAUCCGAUCGCAAGGAUGAACAACUGCAGCAACAGUUACCAGAUGCCGAAGAGGACCUACAUCAGGGUGAAGAUGUCUGGCGUCCUUGGUGAAUCCAUACACACCCACAUACAUACAUAUCGACAGCUUUAUUACACUCUGGUUUUAAUUAGUUUGUAGUCCAACAAGUCCAAGUUUUCCAAUCAUUUCUAAUUAGAUAA